AUGUCAAUUUUUAAAAAACUUCGUAAAUCUGAAAAAGAUUCUAAAGCAGCUAAAAUACCAAGUCCGGAACCAUCUUUAAAACAACUUGACAGUAGAAUUGGAUUACAGUCAUACAGAGAUUUUUAUUCAUUAAAAAAUUACUGGAAAGCUAUUGAUAGAAAAAGAUCAGAAGCUUCUUAUAUAUUUUUUUCAAAGUACUUAAAACAAAAUCCUGAAAAUAUAAAAUUAUAUCCAAAAUUAAAAAAUGUUGAUAUAACAAAAUUAUCUCCUGAAACUGCUGAUCCUGGUUUUGAAACAAUGGCAGCAAAUUAUUUAAAACUUUUUGAUGAUGUUAUAACAGCUGUUGAAGAGACACCAGCAGAUUGUUCUGAUGCUUGUUCAAGACUUAUAGCUGUUGGCAAAAUUCAUAGAGCUAAAGUUUCUACAAUGUCUGCUACACAAUUUCAAGAUAUGGAAAAACCUUUCAUUGAUACUAUCUCUGAAAUUCUUCAAGAUCGUUUUAAUGAUAAAGUUGAAAAUUUGUUUAGGAAAUUUUUUCAAUUUUGCUUGAAAUAUCUGAUUGAAGGAUUAAAUUCAUAA